UAUUCAAAUACUGUGUGAACAUUCAAGCAUAUAAGCAUUGCAGAAAAAUACCAUUAUGGAUAUCUUAAAUGAUAGACUAGAAACUUUUCAAAACUGGCAAUACAAACCUUCACCUUUAAAGUUGGCUGAAGCUGGUUUCUAUUCAACAGGUUACCAUGACAUAGUGAUGUGUUUUAGCUGUAGAACAUCGCUUCGUUAUUUCAAGGAAGACCCAAUGCUGAUACAUGAAGAAGUGUCAAAGAUGUGCCCUUUUCUGACAAAUAGGCCUGGAUUUUCAAAACCUGCUGCAUUGUCGUCAGAUGUUUCAAUAAAAGCACCAGUGACCUCAGAUAUGUCAAUAUCUGAACUAGAGGAGGACAACCGGCGACGACGGGCCAUGUUGGAGUGCAGGGUCUGUAGAGAGAGGCCGGCCUGCAUGUUGCUGAUGCUCUGUGGACAUAGGGUGAUCUGUGGGGAGUGCGCAUCGAACACCAGUACGUGCCCAGACUGUGAAAGAGAGGUCACAAAGACAGUGAAGACAUACAUAGCCUAA